CUCUUACUAACCAUGUUUCACCUUCUGCUGCUGGCCGGUGUGGUGCUGGGAGGAUACAUCUUCCUCACACAGACUCUCUUCAAAAGGUCCAAAUGUAAAGGGAACGCAGCGAUGGCCGGCAAGACCGUCAUCAUCACAGGAGGAAACACCGGCAUCGGGAAAGCCACGGCGCUGCACCUGGCCAGGAAGGGAGCCAGAGUGAUCCUGGCCUGCCGAAACCGGGACAAGGCCGAGACUGCCAUCGCAGAUAUAACAAAGCAAACAGGAAGUACUGACGUCCUCUACAUGCAGCUGGACCUGGCCAGUCUGAAGUCUGUUCGCUGCUUCACUGAAACAUUCCUGAAAAAUGAGUCCAGUUUGGAUCUGCUCAUCAACAACGCAGGUCUGGUGGCUGACGGGCGGACAGAAGACGGUUUCGGCAUCGAGUUCGGGGUGAACCACCUGGGUCACUUCCUGUUGACGUACCUGCUGCUGGACCAUCUGAAGGAGGGCGGGGGAGGACGAGUGGUCACUCUGUCCUCUAUGGCUCACCGCUGGGGACACAUCGACCUGGAGGCUCUGGCAGCUACCGGACACCUGGGCACCGGCAGGUACAGCUGGCAGUUCUUCCAGGCGUACUGCAACAGUAAGCUGUGUAACGUGCUCUUCACCCAUGAGCUCGCCAAGAGACUGAAAGGAACCAAGGUCACCUGCUACAGCGUCCACCCAGGUGUGGUUCGGACUGAGCUGUCCCGUCACGUCAGCCUGUGGCAGAAAGUCUUCAUCGAGCCCAUAGCGCGGCUGCUGUUCCUGGACCCCGAGGCCGGCGCUCAGACCACGCUGCACUGCUCCCUGCAGGAGGGAAUCGAACCUCUGAGCGGACGUUACUUCUCCUGCUGCGCCAUGCAGGAAGUGUGCGCCCGGGCCCGAGACGACAACAUGGCCCAGAAACUGUGGGAAGUCAGCGAGAAGCUCUGUGGACUCUCUUAAGGUGGAAUGACCACAAAGGACUUUUUCUGAACCUUAAAGUGUUUGUGAAGUCCAGGAGCAGUAACAGUUUCCUCUGGUGUUCCAGUGUGAUAAGUUCAUGUUCGUAUAAGUUGGUUUAUAAGUUUUGCUGUGCAGCAUUUUGUAAUUACAGUAUUCCUCUCACACCAUCACUGCCCACAUAUAACUGUGGAUCUUUAUUUUAUUACUUGAGAAAAAUGUAUUGUUUGGAUUCACUGAAUAUGACAGGAAUCUCUGUUGGCAGUUCUUUUUGAUUAAUUUGCUCAUAUUUGACUAAAUUUUAUUUUAACAAACCUGAAUUCUGAAGCAAAUGUCAAACUUUUCAGAGCUGACUGAUAUCAAAUGACACAUUUCCUCUAUAUCUGAAUAUAUAUAUAUAAAUAUAUUAAAAAAACAGCUGUUAAAAAGUUAAAUAUCUUGUAAAGCUUACAGUGUUUUUAAGUUUUAUUUUUACUUUAUCUCUUUUAUUACAACCUUUAGUCCACCUGGUGUGUUUGUAGUUGUAGAUUGUACAAGUGUCGUGUUAACUUGUGUAACUGUCUCAAUAGAGUUGAUAAAAAAAUAAAAUUAUAAAUAGAAGAAAUGUCAAACACACGAAGAAGUGUUUGGUCUACAUUGCUGGUUCCCAAACCUGGGGGUCCCGGCCCCCAGUAGGGCUCGCCAAAGCUUCACGGGGGGUCAUGAGGCUUUCUUGAUUUUCAGAGGUGUAAAAAAGCUUUUUUUUUUGUGCUAAAACAUAUUAAUGAACACUCAUUUAGAUCUUAUUAGUGAUGUUGAUAGGUUAAAUUCAACUUAAAAGGCUGUGUCACCUUUAUUACGAGGCUGAAAUAUGUUUUGCGGUUCCAGACAUUUUUUCUUUUUUGGCCAAAAAUGGCUCUUUUGAUGGUAAAGCUUGUCGACUCCUGGGGACACAUUGAAGUCUUUUGAGGACUUAAGGGUCGGUUACCAAAUUCUAGCCAUGCACUUUUUCCGAUUUUCACAGUUCCGACAUUUUAUACAGUCUAAACAAGGAGGCUCUCUAGAUCGACCCAAGAACUCCCCAUUGGAGUCGUUAUUGUUUGACGACAAUCUAGGUAAACACAUAUCACAAAUAUACAGCUUACUAAUUAAACAUUCAAGGGUUAAUACAACAGUCACGUGGGAACAGGACCUGAGUAUUCAGAUCAUAGACAAACGCUGGGGUGAGAUUAAUGAGCGGUCAAAGAGAAUUUGUAUCAAUACCAGGUAUAGACUCUGCAAUUCGAAAUUUAUACAGUACAUAGGGCCUACUUUACACCUGAGAGACUGAGCCGUGUUAAAACCAAUUCUUCCCCUCUCUGCUCCGUUGUAAACCAGAGCUCAAACACAUGGUGUGGUCUUGCCCUAAGCUUGGACAGUGGUGGUUUGAAAUUGAGAACAUCCUCAGAAAUGUGUUGUUACAGGAUAUAUCUUUAACACCUGGGAUCUCAAUGUUGGGAGAUCUGACUGAUCUGAAGCUCCCGUCCCAAAGGACAAAGGGUUUUGUGAGCCAGCCAUUACAGCUGCCAAAAGAUGCAUCACGAAGAUCCCCCUGAUAUGGUGGUGGAUUAAUGAGGUCAAUUCAUGCGUUCCCCGAGAGAAAAUCACCUGUGCUAUUAGAAGUCGCCCACGGCUGUUUCAUAAGACUUGGGACCCAUGGAUGACCUCUCUCUUCUCAUGGCACUGGUUCUAUACAGUGUUAUGUUGUGUUUUGUUAUGUUCUGGUAUGUCAUC